AAUGGGCGAGUGUCACGGUGUCGUCAUGGUGACGAGCGCAUCAUAGCUUCAGUCUUGUCGUAAAUUAGCGACAUGAAACAAUUUCUGGCAGGUAGACAUAAUUACCUGUAACAGACAUGCGCAAACGGAGAAAUAAGAUUAUUAAUAAUUAAGUCGGUUUCCAAACGCUUUUACCUGGAGACAGGAAUUGUAGCAGAGUGGUGUCCAGUCAAGAUGGAGACUCCCUGAUAUUUUGGUCGUGACUCUAAGGAUGGUUACAGUGUAUUAGUGAUACAGGUAGGCCAGUGGUCACACCUGAAAGGAUGCUGUGGAUGUGACUUAGUGCUACUGUUUGUGUGGGUAGGAGUCUCAACCCCACCCAAACAUGCCCGGGGCUAGACGGGGCCUCGUGGCCCCACAAAAUACAUUUUUGGAAAAUAUAAUCAGGCGAUCCAGUGGCCAACAUAGCAGCUUCCUGCUGGCCAACGCACGGAUCGUGGAGUACCCUAUAGUAUAUUGUAACGACGGGUUCUGUAAACUCUCCGGAUAUAACCGAGCGGAAGUGAUGCAAAAAAGUUGCACGUGUAGUUUUAUGUACGGUGAUCUAACGGACCAGGACACUGUUCUAAAAAUAGAACAAUCUUUUGAGGGUGUGGAACAAGAACAAGUGGAAAUUCUAUUAUACAAGAAAAAUAGAACACCGCUAUGGCUGCUGCUGCACGUUGCGCCAAUCAAAAACGAGAAGGACCAGGUCGUACUCUUCUUGUGCACAUUCAAAGACAUAACUGCUUUAAAACAACCAAUCGACGAGGAAGGUGGCAAAGCGGGUAUGAGCAAAUUCGCGCGCCUCGCUCGAUCUGUGACGCGGAACAAGUCUACACUCCUCCAGUUCUCAUCACACAUACCCAACACAAAGUUCGACAACUCAAAACCAUCACAACUCGCAAAUAUGAUGAACCUAAACGCGGAUGUUCUGCCCCAGUAUCGUCUUGAGGCACCUAAGACUCCGCCUCAUAUCAUUCUGCAUUACUGCUUGUUCAAAACCAUAUGGGACUGGAUGAUAUUGACCUUGACAUUUUAUACAGCGGUCACGGUACCGUAUAACACUGCCUUCAGAAACAAGACAAUGGACCAGGUGCCACUGCUCGUCCUGGACAGUAUCGUCGAUGUUGUGUUUUUCGUUGAUAUCAUUCUUAAUUUUCAUACGACAUUUGUGGGUCCUAGUGGUGAAAUCAUCUCCGACCAUAAAAUUAUUCGUAUGAACUAUUUAAAGAGCUGGUUUGUUAUUGAUCUGCUGUCGUGUCUCCCGUAUGACGUCUUCAAUGCCUUCCAAUAUGUAGAUGACGGGAUAAGCACACUGUUCAGCGCGUUAAAGGUCGUUCGUCUCUUAAGGCUCGGGAGAGUAGUCCGAAAGUUGGAUCAUUAUUUAGAAUACGGAGCCGCCAUGCUGGUUUUGCUCAUUCUUGUUUUCAUACUGUUUGCUCAUUGGUUUGCUUGUAUAUGGUAUUCUAUCGGCCUAACAGAACUUCAAAGUGGUUUGGAAUAUGGCUGGCUUUCUACACUAGCCAAUACCACAUUUGAACCUUUUAUAUGGACUAACACCACUACAAGAACUAUGCUCACCGGGGGCCCAGGCAAGGGCAUGCGCUAUCUCACCUCGCUCUAUUUCACGUUGUCAUGCAUGACUGGUGUCGGCUUUGGCAACGUGGCAGCCGCAACUGAACACGAGAAACUGUUUUCUAUAUUCAUGAUGAUCAUUGGAGCACUGCUCUAUGCAACAAUAUUUUCCAAUGUGACAACCAUAUUUCAACAGUUCUACGCCAAUUUCGCACGCUACCAUGAUAUGUUGAACAGUGUCCGCGACUUCAUGAAAUUGCAUGAUGUCCCCAAGAUCCUUGGAGAGCGCGUGAUGGACUACAUUGUGUCCACGUGGGCCAUCACUAAGGGUAUUGAUGCCACUAAGGUUUUGAAUUAUUGUCCUAAAGACAUGAAGGCCGACUUGUGUGUUCAUCUCAACCGAAAAGUCUUCAUGGAGCACCCGGCCUUCCGGUUGGCCAGCGAUGGUUGUUUGAGAGCGCUCGCCAUGCAUUUCAACAUGACGCACAGUGCACCCGGUGACCUGAUAUUUCACCAAGGCGAAAGCCUUGAUGCCUUAUGCUUUGUUGUGUCAGGGUCACUAGAGGUCAUUCAGGACGAUGAGGUGGUCGCCAUACUGAGUAAAGGUGACGUAUUUGGCGACAACUUUUGGAAAGAACAGUCGAUCGGCCAAUCCACAGCCAAUGUUCGAGCUCUAACCUACUGUGAUCUCCACACCAUCAAAAGGGUUCGGAUAUUAGAAGUUCUAGAAUUCUACCACGCCUUCGCCAACUCAUUCGCCAGGAAUCUCACACUAACGUACAACCUCCGUCACAGAUUGAUUUUCCGGAAAGUUGCCGAUGUCAAAAAAGAGAAAGAACUGGCAGAAAAGAGGAAAAAUGACCCACCAUUGGAGUUGUCGAGUGAUCAUCCAGUUCGUAAGCUUAUUUCACGAUUUCGAAAAAUAAGCGAUGCGAAGGCCAUGCAACCAAAUAAUGAUCCCGAGCGCGGACGUAUGUCUGCCAUGGAUAUGGCCGAACGACCGCGGAGUUUUACGAGGCUUAUCAAUGUCUCCGAGGGCUCUCAAGGCGGCUCACCUGUCCCAAAAAUAGGAGGUGGAGCUUCGAAAUGGGGGAAAAUAAUGAACGGGAGUGUGCCGUCGGAAGGGACAUCGGAUAACAACCAAAAUAAAUUAAAUGUUGAAAAGGAGAAGGAUGAUUUACAGACAAAGAUAAAUGAGGCACCAAAAGCGACAGUAAAACCCUUAUCUAAAUGGGGCAAAAUGAUGGCAAAACCUCCGGAACCGAUAAAUGAAGCUCCGGAGGACGAUCAGAAAUCUAAUCUGAAAAAGACAGAUUCAACCGACAGUGGAAUUCUCCGUAGUAAUGUGAAAUUAGACCAAUUAGCGGAAGACACUGUGAGCGAGGGCCCCCAGACAUUGAGGGAGUCGACAUCCGGGGCACUCUCAGUAGCCGAACGUCAAAUGCUGACGUCUCUCUAUGAUAUAAGGUUAGAAAUCAAGGAGGAAAUAGACGUGUUACACCAAAAAAUGACAAGAAUAGAUGAACAAAUGUCGGAAAUGCUCCGGAUGUUUUCUCCUAGCACCACUCCGUGUUCGUCACAAGAGUCGACAUAUCCAGUGUCGAAAAUUACUUCACCACGUAAUACUACUACCAACACCACGGCAAGUAUCGAUAACACUCCAAAAUCGUCAGUAGAAUCCUCGCCCAAAAGGCGAGUGGCUGACGUGAACUUUAUCGCAAAAUCGUCGACGACGUCAGCACCACGACCAAACUCGCCGGCUAGUGUUAAGUCACGUGAUUCGCAAUCAAAGACGUCUCAGGGCUCUUCCGUAGAUAUAUCUAGAGGGUCUCAGAAUGACUCUCGUUCUUCCUCGCCAGCUGGCCGAAGUUCGACACCUGUAAAGACUUCAAACAUCUCGUCGAUGUGUGAUGAUGUUCUUAAAAUGGAUGUGAAAACUAAGUUGAUUAAAGCUCACCCAAAAGGCCUGCAAAACAAAUCACCCAGUGCUCGAUACAGUGCACACGUAAGCAACCAGCAAAGACAACAACAUUCCCCACCGAAACAUGUUCAACUUAGCAGCUCAUCGGAGCCCUCGGGAUCUGUAAGUGAUUCGGGGUCCCAACAGUCCCAACCGUCCCACGGGGCUCAUUCGUCUCCCGGAGACGGAAAGUCAGGGUCAGAUCGAGGUCAACAGGUGUUGGCUGGACUUCGGAUUCCCUCGGACGAUAACGACGCACACAUUAAAGACAGAGACUUAGAUAUCUUAUGAGGAAUAUGUGGUCUACGGUUGUGAGGUUAUCUGUGAUUAUCCUAGGCAACCUUACUAUUGUUACAAAUAAUUAAGUGAUAUCUCGCCCGCAUUAAUAUCAAGGUGAUACAAAUGAAAUUGGAGUUAUUGUUACUGUCGGUGAGAUUGUUCAUAAGGUUCCGGAUCGUUCAACUAACUGUGGAAUCAUUGAGAUACAUGGUCACCAGUUUCAAAUUAUUCUGGGCACCUCAGAAGAGAAUCUUCUCUUCCGAUUAAUUCGAAUAUACUUCCGUUUUUGUGAAUGUGUCGCUUCAUGGGUCUAUGUCGCACAACAAGGAGAGAAUAGAGCGGAUCUCCACGCAACUGUCUGACCGUACCAUAUGUGUAUACAUAUAGGCGAUCUGACAGAGAAGCAAAACAGAAAAAGAACUUGAACCAGCAUGGAUUCUAGUUAGGCAACAUGGCUAUUCUAAUUAGCCAUCAGGGCGUCUAAUCAGGCGGUUGUAUUUUUCAGGGAUUGUUAUUCUCUAUGUGAGCGUGGAAUUGAAAGCAAAGUGUUGUUAGUUUUCAAUAUAUACUGAAUAAUGCAAAACCAAAGAUACAGAGAUAUGUUGGAAUGUUUUCACUGUAUAUGACGAUAGUUAAACUCAUUUUCUUAGGAACAAUUAAUGGCAGUUUGUUUUCCACUGCUCAUUGUUGAACAGAAUGACUAAAAACCUUUCCAGUGACGCCACCUGGUGGUAGUGUCUACACUAUGUGAUAUCUAUUCUGCAUUUGCUCACUGUCCAAUAGUGAAAGAUUAGCUCUGUAUUUCCCCGUCAAUAUCAUUCUUCAAGACUAUGAACGUGGAACCAUGCUUAAGCGAUGAAAGUCAACAGCCUGUAUAUGAACCAAUAUCUAGCCAGUUUUGUUUUAGGAAUUAAUGUUGCUUAAGUUGUCGUCCAGGUAUGUCUGACUUACUGUCGCUAACGUGUGUGUUUGGUACAGGGAUGGUCGACUAGCUAUCUCAAAUUACUUGUGUAUCGGUACAGGGAUGGCCGAAUCAUUGUUGUUAAUCUGUGUAUCAGUACAGGGACCGUUACCUAACCGUCGAUAACCUAUGUACCGGUACAAGGACCGUCGACUCACUGUCACUAAUCUGUGUACCAGUACAGGGACGGCCGACUCACCGACGCUAACUUGUGUACCGGUACAACGACCGUCGACUCACUGUCGGUAAUCUGUGUACCAGUACAGGGACGACCGACUCACCGACGCUAACUUGUGUACCGGUACAAGGACGUCGACUCACUGUCGGUAAUCUGUGUACCAGUACAUGGACGGCCGACUCACCGACGCUAACUUGUGUACCGGUACAAGGACGUCGACUCACUGUCACUAAUCUGUGUAUCAGUACAUGGACGGCCGACUCACCGACGCUAACUUGUGUACCGGUACAAGGACGUCGACUCACUGUCACUAAUCUGUGUAUCAGUACAUGGACGGCCGACUCACCGACGCUAACUUGUGUACCGGUACAAGGACGUCGACUCACUGUCGGUAAUCUGUGUACCAGUACAUGGACGGCCGACUCACCGACGCUAACUUGUGUACCGGUACAAGGACGUCGACUCACUGUCGGUAAUCUGUGUACCAGUACAGGGAUUGUGGACUAACAAUCGCUAACCUGUGUAUCGGUACUGGAAUGGCUGACUAAAUGUCACUGACCUGUGCAUAGAUGCAGGGGUGGUCAACUCACAUUCGCAAACCUAUUAGUCGGUACAGGGACGGCCGACUCGCCAUCGCUAACCUGUUUAUCGGCACAGGGACGGCCGUCUCACUGUCGCUAACCUGUUUAUCGGCAAAUGGACGGCUUUACUAACUGUCGAUAACCUGUUGAUUGGUACAGGGUCGGCCGACUCAUUGUCGCUAACCUGUCUAACGGCACAGGGACGGCCGACUCAUUUUCGCUAACCUGUUGAUCGGUACAGGGACGGCCGUUUCACGUGACGGCCGAAUCGCUGUCGCUAACUUCUAACUCAACCAAUUGUAUAGCUUCGUUAUCCUAAUGGAAUCCACAAAAUUUCAUGGGGAAUUUGAAUUUUAAUCUUGAUACGUGUUAUCUUUAUGGUUAUUUUUUUUUUAUUGCUGUUUAAUUAUGAAGAUGAUAUUAUUGCCACCCGUUUAAGAAAUGUUUCCUUUUUUUCUUCCACUCGGAGGAUCCAAAACAUUCCACUGCCUUCCAAUCAUAGCACCCGGAACACAUUCACGCAUUCUUAACAUGGUCGUCUUAUCUAGAUAGUCAAGUAAAUCAUCAUACUGCAUUGUUCAUUUUAAUUGCAUGUUUUCCGUACCAUCAAUGCAAUGUGUAUGACUCAUUGUAUUGUGAUAUUUAAAACUGAUCUUUGAAAUUAAAUGCACGUAAACAAAAUUUUGAGGACAAAAGCCAAACGAUGGAUUGAUCCAUUUUUGCUCAUGAAAGUGAAAAACGUUCAUGAAACAAAAAGUUUGUCGUCACAUGCACUUAGGUCUGAGCUAACCACUUUAUUCCCGAUAUAAAUAGUGACGCUAUUUUUCAGGUGUAAGGACUAAGCUUUUUUUUAAUGUCUUUUGAUUAUCUUUUAGCCAUACGUACACCAGUCAUUGUGUUGUCCUGUUUAAUUCACAGUUUGCUCCGAUGCCCACCUAGUAGAGGAAUGACUUGGACAAAAUAAUCACAAGUUAGAUGACCAAGUAAUUAGCUUACCGUUCGAGACGAAGAGCCAUAUCUUAACAUUUUUGACGGUAAAUGUUACUUGUAGAGUCGCUAGGCUAUACACUAUGUGACGUUACAACACCUCCAUGGAACUCACAAUGUUAAAAUGUCAAUUGGUUACACAAACGUAUUGGUAAACACCAUUUGCUAAUGUAGAUUACAGCACUGGUAGUUUCAAAUUGAAAAUGUUUUCUUUUUAUUGAAAAUAUCCCUCGGCUUAUACAGUGCUCAAAACGAUGCAAAACCUACAAGGCAUUAGAUGAACAAAAACGUCAUUUUACGCAACCUAUGUAUAAUAUAUUGGGUUAUUUGUGACUUUUAUGGGAACACCGAACAUGAACAAAGUACGAAAAAACAAACUUAUAAAUGUUGUAUCCGUAUUGGUCAUACACUAUGUAUACUACAUUUCCUAAAAGGUCAAAUUUGUUUAUUUCUAGACACAGAUAAUAUUGUAAGAGAUAUAUAUUUAUAACAGACAACUUUAAAUUUAUUAUGUAAUUGUAAAGUUAUAUUUUGAUACAGAGUUACUUUGAAUUCACUUGUUGAAAUUCAAUUGGCUUCCAGGUGCUUCUGUCACAUAAAACAUUUGUAUCAAUAUGAUACUACACUCGGGAUUCCUUGUUUUGGUAUUUGGCGUUUCAAGUGGUAAAAUCUGCAUAUACUAAAAGAUUUAGAUUAUUCAUGAAUUUUGGACAGGAUUUUUCAGGUCUUCAACAAAACAUUUAUAAAGAAAGAAAUGUUUCUAGGCGUUGAUUGUUUUACCACAUCACGAUGUUGUUAAUGUUCCACUGUACUUUCCUCAAUUCUUGUUAUUUGAGCUAAGGUUAGUGUAAGCAAUUAUUACGUACGCCAACCAAUCCCUACCCAUGAUAAUAACGUUGCCCAGAGCGCCUUUAUAGAAUUUAAAAACCUUUAAGCGAUACACAGUCGCCUAAUUGUACAAUAUACUUCCUUAUUGCUCCGUUGUAAUGUUGAGUUAAUAGGUUUUGAGAAGUAAACCAGCCACGGCUCUCUGUCCUAUUUAUGGUAUGAAAACAGAGAAUUCUAAACGAGUUACGCUUGAGAGGAAGUACCUAUAAGUUAGUUUGCAAUCAAAAGCAUUUAGACACAUAAAAAGCCCUUUGAAUGAUAAGUUGUUUUUGCAUUUAUAAAUGAGCCUGAUUGUUUUGUGUGAUAAAUGUUGAUACAGUUUUAUCGAAGUUAAUCUAUUAAAAUAAUGAAGUACUUUGUUUUACUUCAUUUAGUUAAGUCUUGUUUAAUUUAUUUCCACUUUGCAUAAUCUAGAAACUGUUGUUUUAAAGUUGGGCUUUGUAUACUUAGGUAGGUUUUAUAAGGCAUUUUGCUAUAAUGUGAUGUCUGCGCACGCGUAACGUCUGUAUUGGCACCGCCCCUCACGCCUCGUAACCACGCCCACGCCUGGGGGACGGCGCUGACAAUGUAAGGAACCACGGCUCACUCUGGACACAGUUCCAUGUGAUAUUUUCAUCAUUUUAAUGGUAUAAUAAUACAUUUCACAUAGAGUCUUUCACUCCGGUAUUCCAUCCAACGUUUUGUUGAUUUUUUAUCUUGUUUCCCCUCACAUGUAAUAUAUUACCUGUUUACAACAUUGUUAAUAAACCACCCACCUUUAUCAUUCAUUUUCGAUUAAUAAAAAUAAAUUACUUUU